UGGCAAAAUAAUGUUGUUGAUUUGUACAAGUUAAGUGUAUGUGCACCACAAGCAAAAAUAAACUAAGAUUAACUCAGUUCCUCGCAAGCACUUGUCGAGCUUAUCAUGAGUGAAUAUUAAAUAUAUAAGAACGGCAAAGGAAAGCAGCGUCAGUCUGUGCGCAAGCGCAAAUGCAAAGAGCCUUUUAAGAGAAGAAAAACGAAACGAGACAAAAGCAAUACGCAACAGGUAAACAGCAGCAUCAGCGCUCCAUAAAAUGUCUCUGACGCGGUUCAGUUUGUGCUUGCUGCUGACGUUGUUGCUUGCAGCAAUUCCGGUUUAUUUGGCGUCGCCAGACCCAGGCGUGCGAAUACUUCGAUCGCCCGAAUCGACGGUGGCGCCACCUGGCGACGAGGUCGUUUUCGUAUGCGAGACCAGUUUGCCGCCGGAGCAUUUCGAGUGGAGUUACGCCUCGAGUCGGUCCCGCUUUAGAUAUCUAAAGUCGGGCAAUCAUAAUAUAAGCAUCACCCACGACAAUGAUAUAUCCAAGCUGCGCGUCGUUGUGAGUCUUGAAACGCUCGGCGAAUAUCGUUGUGUCGCCUGGUUUGGACCGCUCGCAGUCACCUCGACUACGGCUCGCUUGGAGCUGGCCGCGUUGAGCGGCGGCGGCGGCGACGAAGGAUUCAAGGGCAAUCAAGCGCAUUGGCGCGUUACAGCCGGCAAUACUGUUCAGUGGCAUUGCGGCCACAUCGAAUCGAAUCCAGCGCCCAGCUGGAGCUUUUAUUAUAAUGAUAUUGAGUUGCCGGCAGCAUCUACGCUAAGUGACUCAAAUGGUACGCUGCUCCUGUCCAACGUCUCCGUGGCGAGCAGCGGCAGUUACAGAUGUGUGGCAACCAAUACCGCUUCGGGAGUACGUCUGGCGUUGCCAAGCCGAUUGGAACUGCAAGUGUCUGCGGAGGCGAUGCCAGCGACAGCUCCUCAUCUCCUCGAUGGACAACGUGUGCGCACUAAAGUCGCCAGGGUUGGUGAAUCUGUGCUGUUGUUGUGUCCCGGUGUGGGCUGUCCAUCGCCGACGGCUAUCUGGAGCAGUCCCAAUGUGCCCGGCGCCAUUAAAAAUAAUCGCACACGUGUCCUGCCAUAUGGUCUGCAAAUAAAUGAACUGCAGGCGCUGGAUGGUGGUACCUAUAUAUGUUAUCUGGACAAUGGCAUACGGCCAGCACUGAAGCACUCCAUUCAGCUGCUGGUGCAGCAGGCCCCUCGUAUUGUGCUCGCUCCCAGCGCCAAUCUCACCAAUGAGGGCGAAGCCAUGCAAUUGGAAUGUGUUGCCACUGGCAUACCUGAGCCAGAGAUUUACUGGCUGCUCAAUGGAAACAAUAGCGCCAACGAUAGCAAAGCGAAUCCGGGUUCAAAUGGUAUCCUAAUCCUGCAGAGUGUUCAGAAGCGACACGCUGGUUAUGUGCAAUGCUUUGCACGGAAUAGUCUCGGCGAGGACAGUGCUGGCACCAUCCUCCAAGUCAAUCCCACACAAAUACAAACUGGUGAUGGUGGUGGGGGGAGUCGGGCAUAUGUUCGACCUCAACAGCAUAUGUUCGGCCGCAAGCAGAAGCAACAGACACAAAUGGUGCCACCAUCGGCUCCGAAUGUCACUCGUCUGUCGGAUGAGUCUGUGAUGCUGCGUUGGCAUGUGAUGCCCAACGAGGGUUUACCCAUUAAGUUCUUCAAGGUGCAGUACAGAAUGCUAACGGGUACGGGCAAGAGUUGGCAGACAACCAACGAGAAUAUACCAUACGGCAAGGAGCGCAACGAUUACGGAGCGGUUAAGAACUUUACGUCAUCGGUGACGGGUCUGCGACCGGAUCGCAGAUAUCGUUUUCGGAUCAUGGCCGUCUAUUCGAACAACGACAACAAGGAGAGCAACACAUCCGGCAAGUUCUUUUUGCAGCGUGGCGCAACGCUGGCACCAUUGGCUGUACCGUCGCUGGUGGACAUUGAGGAGUACUCGCAGACGGCUGUCGUUCUCCACUGGGAUCUAACCAGCGAUGCCGAUGAGGAUUUAAUAUCUGGCUACUAUGCUUAUUAUCGCCCCUCUGCAUCGGCUGGGGAGUAUCUAAAGGCCACAAUAGAUGGGGCCAAGUCGCGUAGCUUUCAAAUCUCUGCCCUUGAGCCGGGGACCAUUUACGAAUUUAAACUGCAAUCAUUUAGCGCCGUUGCCGCCUCCGAAUUUAGUGCUCUCAAGCAGGGACGGACACAGCGUCCCAGAGUGAGCACAACAACAGAGCCGGCUGUGCAUGCAAUGGACACAACGACGCCCAGUCACAAUGAAACGUUCAACUUGAAUCCGUUGCUCACCGGGACAAUUGGCGGUGGUGCGUUGCUGGUGUUGCUCGUGGUCAGCGCCUGUCUGUGUCUGUGCCGGCGACGAAGCUCUCGCGGCACCAACCAACAAAACAAACCACGAUUGGCCGAACUUCGCGAAGACUUUGUGCCGUUGAACACUUGUUCGCCGAAUAAGCCACGUACGCGACAUCUGCACAUUACUUUGAAUCCGCUGGCGCAACAGCAACAACAGCAGCAACAGCAGCAGCAGCAACAACAACAGCAGCAGCACGAGGAGAAGGACACACAGGACAAUGAUAUGAGUUACUUUCAACGUCCGCCCGUUGUCUACGAUGCCGAAGCGUUAGGCUUUAACGGAAUGGCACGCAUGUCAUCCUCUUCGCUGCGUCGCUCACAGCGCACGCUGGAACGUGCCGCUGCUGCUGGUGGCGGCGCCGGCUCUGGCACCAACAAUAACAAUCUAAAUCAGCCAACAGAUGGUUCCACCGCGGACAGUCCCCGUCUGCAGGCGUCGAAUAAGCCUGGCCGUGUAAUACUCAAACGCGCCCGUUUGUCUAGCCGCUCGGAGAAUCUUUCCUCGGGCAGCCUAAAUAGCGUUGGCGUAUAAACUCGUGAUCUUUAGUCUAUGUUCAUAUGUAUAGAUGCAUGUAUAUCCUGAUGUAUGCUUUUCCUCUACCUCUGUUUUUUUUUACUUUAAAAACUCGAAUGACAUUUACUUAAAACGUUUGUACUUAAAUGUUAGCUUCAAAGUACUUAAUAAGAUUUCUACUUCUUAGUUUAUAUGUCUUACAUAUAUUUAUGUGGAAUUUAAUUAGC